UUGAUCGUUGAUCGUUGUUGUCAAAAGUUGAGCGGUAGCUUAGGCUAGAAAUCUGUGAUAUAUGAUAUAAUCCAGAAUAAAAAGCAAUAUUUAUCGAAUUAAUGAUCGAGUGAUUGAUACUUUAUCUCAUAAAUUUGAUUUGUAUCUAUUUAAAAUGCUUAAUACUGUUUUUAGAAUAUCCCAGAAUCUUAAGAAAUUAAGUCAGAUUAGCUGUAGAAGUGUGGUAAUAAAAUUUGUUAGACCUAAUACAACUUACACAAAUGUAUUUAGGUCACAAAAGCAGAAGAAAGAAGAAGGCGGAGAAGCUAUAAAAUGGAUUCUACUGAUGAUUCCGGUGACUUCGUUUGGUCUUGGUUGCUGGCAGGUGUAUCGCCUACAGUGGAAGUUAGAACUAAUUGAUAUGCUGCAAGCCAAGUCUAACUCUGAGCCAGUGGAUAUGCCAACCAACUUUGAGGCACUCAACAAUAUGGAAUUCCGGCCAGUCAAAGUUCGAGGAGAGUUCUUGCAUGAUAAAGAGAUUUUAAUUGGUCCUAGAGCUUUGAUAGAAGAAAAUCAGUCAUUGCCAAGAUCUGGAUCUCUUAUGUCGGAUCCUAAGAAGAAUCAAGGAUGGUUGGUGAUUACUCCAUUUAAAAUAAGCGACACUGGUGAUAUAAUAUUAGUGAACCGAGGUUGGGUACCUAAAAGCCUUCGACCUAAAGAAAAACGUCAACCAUCCAUGGUAGAGGGUGAUGUUGAACUAACCGGAGUGGUGCGUUUAACAGAGAGUCGUCGCCCGUUUAUGCCCAAAAAUCAUCCGGAAAAAGGAUCUUGGUUUUAUAGGGAUCUACAUCAAAUGAGUGCUUAUUUGAAUUGUUCUCCGGUGUGGUUGGAUGCGAGGGGCAUCCCCGAUCCACCUGAAGGCUGGCCAAUUCCCAACCAAACACGAGUAACAAUCCGCAACGAGCAUUUAUCUUACCUUAUAACUUGGUACUCUCUAUCGGCACUUACAGCAAUAAUGUGGCACAGAUAUUUUAUAAGAAAGUUACCACUCCUAUAAAUGUGUUCAAUUGUAAUAUGAAUGGUUUUGUUCAAUUUUAAGAUGUGAAUUAAAUAUGAUAAGCAAUACAUAUAUUUAUUAAUGAAAUUGAC